AGGUGGCGCUCGUCCCUCGGUAACGAAGUGUCAUGGCGGCCCCCUGUCGCAGGUGCUUUUCACGGUGAACCUGCACGGUCCCGUUCUCCAGGAUGAGCUGAGCAGAUGAACCGUUUCAGGUAUGAGUGUGACGUCAUCCGUGAUGCGGGCGGCCCGACGGCUCGUCCAGGUCGACCUGCCUCUCCUCAGACACUUCCUGUCUCCCGCCCCCUCCCUUCUCACCAGUCCACUGCACAGGACGUUCUCCUCCAAACAGGUCAAAGGUCAGAGGAGAGAUCAGAAGAAGCAGAAUGUGAAGUCCAAAGCAGAAAAACAGGAAGUGGAGAUUCGACGGGGGAUGACCGUGGCGGCGCUGUCAACAGCCAUGAACAAAGACUUCGAUCAUGUCCUGGAGACUCUGUUCAACACCUCAGUGGACCUGGACUCUCUGCAUCCAGACUCGGUUCUGGAGGAGAAGUGGAUCAAGGAGGUGGUAACCCGGUCGGGCAUGAAGUUUAAGUGGGCCACGCUGAGCGAGAGGAAAGAGCGACCCAACAGGGAUGCCCAGAGGAGACCUCUGGCAGACCCUUCGGUCCUGGUGAGUCGCCCCCCUGUAGUCACCAUUAUGGGCCACGUGGACCACGGGAAGACCACGCUGCUGGACAGCCUGAGGAAGAGUCAGAUCGUCUCCAUGGAAGCUGGAGGCAUCACUCAGCACAUUGGAGCCUUUCUGGUCCAAGUGCCCACAGGUGAGAAGAUCACCUUCCUGGAUACACCUGGUCAUUCUGCCUUCUCUUCCAUGAGAGCCCGCGGUGUUAACGCCACUGACAUCAUCAUCCUGGUGGUGGCAGCCGAUGAUGGUGUCAUGAACCAGACGGUAGAGUCCAUCCAGCACGCCAAAAGGGCUGAAGUUCCCAUCAUUGUAGCCGUGAACAAGUGUGACAAGCCCCAGGCCGACCCUCAAAGAGUCAAGCAGGAGCUGCUCGCCCACGACGUCGUCUGUGAGGAGUUCGGAGGAGACGUCCAGGCGAUCCACAUCUCUGCUCUGAAGGGUGACAACCUGCCGGCGCUGACCGAGGCCACCGUGGCGCUGGCAGAGGUUUUGGAGUUGAAGGCAGACCCCAGCGGUCCCGUGGAGGGGCUGGUCAUUGAGAGCAGGACAGAUAAAGGCAAAGGACCCGUAACCACAGCCAUCGUCCAGCGGGGGACACUGAAGCGAGGCUGCUUCUUGGUGGCAGGGAGGUGCUGGGCUAAAGUACGCUUCCUCUACGAUGACAACGGGCAGGUGGUGACGGAGGCGGGGCCAAGCGCUGCGGUCCAGGUGGUCGGCUGGAAGGAGCUCCCGUCGGCUGGAGAGACCAUCCUGGAGGUCGAGUCUGAGCAACGAGCAAAGGAGGUGGUGGAGUGGAGGACUCACGAGGAGGAGGAGCAGAAGCUCCUGGAGGAUCAGAGUGCCAUCAGCCUGAAACAUAAGCUUCACCUGGAGGAGUACCAGCAGAAGCGGGCGGAGCUAACUCACCUGAGCUGGCGCAAGAGAAAGGCAGCUCUAUACCAGGCCAAUAAGACUCGCUGUGCCACGAGGCCGAGUGAGCGGACGCAGAGUGAACAGCCUAACUUACCCCUCAUCAUCAAAGGUGACGUCGACGGUUCGGUGGAGACGCUGCUGAACAUGCUGGACACGUACGAUGCGCAGCAGCAGUGCCAGCUGGAGGUGGUCAGCUUUGGCAUCGGGGAUAUCUCCGAGAAGGACGUGACCAUGGCGGAAACGUUUGGAGGCUCCAUCUACGGCUUCAACGUGGCGGCCGCCCGACCAGUGCAACAACUGGCGGCAAAAAAAGGCGUCCCACUGCGUCUCCACUCGGUCAUCUACAAGCUGUUGGAGCAGCUGAAGGAGGAGCUGAGCAGCAAGCUGCCGCCGCUCGUCUCCCGGAACGUCAUUGGUGAGGCAACCGUGCUCGCCACCUUCUACGUCUCCGAGGGGAAGAAGAAGGUUCCGGUGGCCGGCUGCCGUGUCCAGAAAGGGCACCUGGACCGGCGCCUCCGGUUCCGGCUGAUCCGAGGACGUGAUGUGGUGUGGGAGGGUACCCUGACGGCGCUGAAGCACCACAAAGACGACGUGCAGACGGUGAAGACGGGAAAGGAAUGCGGCCUGUCGGCUGACGGUGACGUGGACUUCAGCACCGGUGAUGUCAUCGAGUGCUUCGAGGAGGUGGACGUCCCUCAGGUCACUUCCUGGGACCCUGGAUUCUAAUGUCCCAUCAUGCACUACUGUAAAGUUUGAGGUUCUGGACAAAGAAGCUGGACACGUUGUUUCAGAAAGACUUUAAUAAAAUAAAACUAAAUAAAAGAUCA